GACAGACGAGGAGGCUGAGAGACGCCAACAUGGUCCCACUGAGGCUGGUCGCCUUUGGAUUGCUGGCUGCUGCUUGGUAUUUCACUCGUGUUGCUGAGGGAGAGGUCAUCUACGCCUGUUUCAAUGAGACCGCCGAGAUGUCAUGUGAUGUCGGCGCUAAGAUAAAGCUGGAUCACAUCCUGUACAAGGUUGGCGUGGGGACGAGGUGCGGCGAGGGCAAACGCUUCCCAGACGACGGACCCGACACCUUCUGCUCCUUCCCCUGGGCCGAGAUGGUGGUGGAGGAUCUAUGUGGAAACAAGAGGGCCUGUGAGGUCCCCGUCACCGAGCUGGUGUUCGGUGAAUACCCCUGUAAGGAGCAGACCAGGUACCUGGAGGUGUCCUACACCUGCGCCACACCACCUCCUCCUCCACCUCCACCACCUCCUCCAACCAAACCUGACUGUGAAGACAAAUCAACCGAUGAAGUCUGAUGUUCUUCAAAACUUUACUGUUCUUCACACAAACACCUCUCAUGUCUGUUCGUUACUGUCCAACAAUCCAGAAGCAAGCUGAUAUCUUAGAUCCUAAAACACAACUUUCCAUCAGUGUUUGAAUUAUUGUGUCCAAUUAUUU